GUUUGUCCUCCCCACUGGGGUCAUGGUCAGACCUCCUCUUCUUCCCUGCAUCCUCCCGCCCUCCUAAUUCUCUCCGGGUCUCCCCCUCUGUGCGCAGUAGUUUGGACCAUCCCCUGCGUCCCUUCCGCCGGCGCGUGGAGGCCGGUGUGGUGCCCAGCCAGAUGUGGGCGGGUGCUCCACGAGCCUGAGUGUCUCUCAUAAGGACUGCCAACGACAAUGAAGGUUCUCUUAUUGAAAGAUGCCAAGGAUGAUGACAGUGGCCAGGAUCCGUAUAUCCAGGAACUGGGAUUGUACGGACUGGAAGCUACGCUAAUUCCCGUUCUGUCAUUUGAGUUUCUGUCUCUUCCCAUUUUGUCAGAAAAGCUGUCUCAUCCUGAAGGCUUUGGAGGACUCAUUUUCACCAGUCCCAGGGCAGUGGAAGCAGUGAAGCUGUGUCUGGAGAAGGACAAUAAGACUGAAGACUGGGAAAAGUCUCUGAAAAACAGAUGGAAUGCCAAGUCUGUGUAUGUGGUUGGAAGUGCCACCGCUUCUCUAGUGAACAAAAUCGGCCUGGAUGCAGAAGGAGCACACAGUGGAAAUGCAGAAAAGCUUGCUGAAUAUAUUUGCUCCAGGCCAUCUUCAGCACUGCCUCUUCUCUUUCCCUGUGGAACUAUCAAAGGAGAUACUCUUCCAAAAAUGCUCAAGGACAAAGGGGUCCCCAUGGAAAGCAUGCAUGUCUAUCAGACAAUUCCACACCCUGGGAUCCAGGGGAACCUGGAGAGCUACUAUGAAAAUCAGGGUGUCCCAGCCAGCAUCACAUUUUUCAGUCCCUCCGGCCUUAAGUACAGCCUGGAGUAUAUUCAGGCAUUAUCUGGUGGCAGCUUUGAUCAGAUUAAGGUGUGUCCCACCCGACCUCAGACUGCCCAGUUUCAAGGUGGAACGUUAGGUGCAGAGCAGCUGAGCCCUGCCCUAGUUCACACAGCUGAAAAGGACAACGCCUUGGUUAGAGCCCAGGAAGAUACGUGUCAGGCUGCGGUGAUACAUAGCCAUGAUCCUAGCAGUUGCCGGGCAUUGGUCAAAGUUCUUCAAGUCAUAGCUUGUGCUAGUCUGGUUGUGGGGAUCCAGCAGGAUGGCGGUGACUGUCCUCCUUACCGGGAAACCCUCCUUACAGGCUUCAACACCUUGCCAGCAUCAUAGAGCACACUACUAGAAGGCCAACUUCUAUGAGGGGUUACUAGGGGAGGAAGGUGACACCUGAGUCCUGUAGCAGAAUUGAAGAGAAAGGUCCGUGGGUGCUCAGCAUGGUCACUGGCUAAGGGAGCUCUUGGGCACCGGGAAGGGUUAGCAACAGUGCUGUUGCUGCUCACAUGCGUCUCUGUGGACGUGGUGGAUGAGUCACCAGGUAACCGUGAAGUGCCUGAGUAGCUUACUGAUGGGAACAUGCCUCCGAACUCACCUGGGCUGACCAUGCUGGUCUACCUUAAUAAGAACUCAUACCACGAAAACCUUACUCUGUCCCCAUCCUAAGCAAACCCAAG